UUCCUCACAAAAUUGUUCAGAAAGUUGUUGCAAGCAGUUGAACUACGAGCAAAAAACAAAGCACUCAGUGGAAAAUAUUUAAAAAAGAAAAGUAUAUAAUAUAAAAAAAAAUCAGUGAAAAAAAUAAAUCUGUAUAGAGCAAACGUUGAAGAAAAAGUUAUUUAAAUUAAAUCGAAUAGUAAAUUAAUCGUUUUUGAUAAAAGGAUCAAGAAAAUCCAACAAUGCAGAUCUUCGUGAAGACCUUAACUGGCAAGACUAUUACCCUAGAAGUUGAGCCUUCUGACACUAUUGAAAAUGUCAAGGCCAAGAUCCAAGAUAAGGAGGGAAUUCCUCCAGAUCAACAACGUUUGAUCUUUGCCGGAAAACAAUUGGAAGACGGACGUACCCUGUCCGAUUAUAACAUCCAAAAAGAAUCUACUCUGCAUUUGGUAUUGCGUCUGCGUGGUGGUAUGCAGAUUUUUGUAAAGACUUUAACUGGCAAGACAAUUACAUUGGAGGUUGAGCCUUCUGACACAAUUGAAAAUGUUAAGGCUAAAAUUCAGGACAAAGAAGGUAUCCCUCCAGAUCAGCAACGUUUGAUCUUCGCUGGCAAACAGUUGGAAGAUGGACGCACACUUUCUGAUUACAACAUUCAAAAAGAAUCAACCCUGCAUUUAGUUCUGCGCCUGCGUGGUGGAAUGCAAAUUUUUGUUAAAACUCUUACCGGCAAGACUAUUACCCUGGAGGUUGAGCCUUCCGAUACAAUUGAGAAUGUGAAGGCUAAAAUUCAAGACAAGGAAGGUAUCCCCCCAGACCAACAGCGUUUGAUCUUCGCUGGUAAGCAAUUGGAAGACGGACGUACUUUGUCCGAUUACAACAUCCAAAAAGAAUCUACCCUUCACUUGGUCCUCCGUCUUCGUGGAGGUAUGCAAAUUUUCGUUAAGACCUUAACUGGAAAGACUAUCACAUUGGAAGUCGAACCUUCCGACACUAUUGAAAACGUCAAGGCUAAGAUUCAAGAUAAGGAAGGUAUUCCCCCAGACCAACAGCGUUUGAUCUUCGCCGGGAAGCAAUUGGAAGACGGACGUACUUUGUCCGAUUACAACAUCCAAAAAGAGUCGACCCUUCAUUUGGUCCUCCGUCUUCGUGGUGGUAUGCAGAUCUUCGUUAAGACUUUGACCGGCAAGACCAUCACCUUGGAGGUCGAACCAUCCGACACCAUCGAAAACGUCAAGGCCAAGAUCCAAGACAAGGAAGGUAUUCCCCCAGACCAGCAACGUUUGAUCUUCGCUGGAAAGCAGUUGGAGGAUGGUCGUACCUUGUCGGACUACAACAUCCAGAAGGAAUCCACCCUUCACUUGGUCCUCCGUCUGCGUGGUGGUAUGCAGAUCUUCGUUAAGACUUUGACUGGCAAGACCAUCACCUUGGAGGUCGAACCAUCCGACACCAUCGAAAACGUCAAGGCCAAGAUCCAAGACAAGGAAGGUAUUCCCCCAGACCAGCAACGUUUGAUCUUCGCUGGAAAACAGUUGGAGGAUGGCCGCACCUUGUCGGACUACAAUAUCCAAAAGGAGUCCACCCUUCAUUUGGUCCUCCGUCUCCGUGGUGGUAUGCAGAUCUUUGUUAAGACUUUGACCGGCAAGACCAUCACCUUGGAGGUUGAACCUUCCGACACUAUCGAGAACGUCAAAGCUAAGAUCCAAGACAAGGAAGGUAUUCCCCCAGACCAGCAACGUUUGAUCUUCGCUGGAAAACAGUUGGAGGAUGGCCGCACCUUGUCGGACUACAAUAUCCAAAAGGAGUCCACCCUGCAUUUGGUCCUCCGUCUCCGUGGUGGUAUGCAGAUCUUCGUCAAGACCCUCACUGGAAAGACCAUCACCUUGGAGGUUGAACCUUCUGACACUAUCGAGAACGUCAAGGCCAAGAUCCAAGACAAGGAAGGUAUUCCCCCAGACCAGCAACGUUUGAUUUUCGCUGGAAAGCAAUUGGAGGAUGGUCGCACCUUGUCGGACUACAACAUCCAGAAGGAAUCCACCCUUCACUUGGUCCUCCGUCUGCGUGGUGGUAUGCAGAUCUUCGUCAAGACCCUCACUGGAAAGACCAUCACCUUGGAGGUUGAACCUUCUGACACUAUCGAGAACGUCAAGGCCAAGAUCCAAGACAAGGAAGGUAUUCCCCCAGACCAGCAACGUUUGAUCUUCGCUGGAAAGCAGUUGGAGGAUGGCCGCACCUUGUCGGACUACAACAUCCAGAAGGAAUCGACUCUUCACUUGGUCCUCCGUCUGCGUGGUGGUAUGCAGAUCUUCGUCAAGACGCUCACUGGAAAGACCAUCACCUUGGAGGUCGAACCAUCGGACACCAUUGAGAACGUCAAGGCUAAGAUUCAAGACAAGGAAGGUAUUCCCCCAGACCAGCAGCGUUUGAUCUUCGCUGGAAAGCAGUUGGAGGAUGGCCGCACCUUGUCGGAUUACAACAUCCAGAAGGAAUCGACCCUUCACUUGGUCCUCCGUCUUCGUGGUGGUAUGCAAAUCUUCGUCAAGACCCUCACCGGAAAGACUAUCACCUUGGAGGUCGAACCAUCGGACACCAUUGAGAACGUCAAGGCUAAGAUCCAAGACAAGGAAGGUAUUCCCCCAGACCAGCAGCGUUUGAUCUUCGCUGGAAAGCAAUUGGAGGAUGGCCGCACCUUGUCCGACUACAACAUCCAGAAGGAGUCGACCCUUCACUUGGUCCUCCGUCUUCGUGGUGGUAUGCAAAUCUUCGUCAAGACCCUCACCGGAAAAACUAUCACCUUGGAGGUCGAACCAUCGGACACCAUUGAGAACGUCAAGGCUAAGAUCCAAGACAAGGAAGGUAUUCCCCCAGACCAGCAGCGUUUGAUCUUCGCUGGAAAGCAAUUGGAAGAUGGCCGCACCUUGUCGGACUACAACAUCCAAAAGGAGUCGACCCUUCACUUGGUCCUUCGUCUUCGUGGUGGUAUGCAGAUCUUCGUCAAGACCCUCACUGGAAAAACCAUCACCUUGGAGGUUGAACCUUCUGACACCAUCGAGAAUGUUAAAGCCAAGAUCCAAGAUAAGGAAGGUAUUCCCCCAGACCAACAACGUUUGAUCUUCGCUGGAAAGCAAUUGGAGGAUGGCCGCACUUUGUCAGACUACAACAUCCAGAAGGAAUCCACCCUUCACUUGGUCCUCCGUCUGCGUGGUGGUAUGCAGAUCUUCGUCAAGACCCUCACCGGCAAGACCAUCACCUUGGAGGUUGAACCUUCUGACACCAUCGAGAACGUUAAGGCCAAGAUCCAAGACAAGGAAGGUAUUCCCCCAGACCAACAGCGUUUGAUCUUCGCUGGAAAGCAGUUGGAGGAUGGACGCACCUUGUCGGACUACAACAUCCAGAAGGAAUCCACCCUUCACUUGGUCCUCCGUCUGCGUGGUGGUAUGCAGAUCUUCGUCAAGACCCUCACCGGCAAGACCAUCACCUUGGAGGUUGAACCUUCUGACACCAUCGAGAACGUUAAGGCCAAGAUCCAAGACAAGGAAGGUAUUCCCCCAGACCAACAACGUUUGAUCUUCGCCGGAAAGCAGUUGGAAGAUGGCCGCACCUUGUCCGACUACAAUAUCCAAAAAGAGUCUACUCUUCAUUUGGUUUUGCGUCUUCGCGGAGGAGCAUUUUAAAUUAUUUACACCAUAAAAUUCAAAAUUGAUCUUCAUACACUGUAGUUCUUAGAUUAUGCAUCAAUUCAAUUCUUUAUUUUGUAUACCGAUGCUUUUACAAGUUCUGAAAAUUUGUAUUACAUUUUUUUUGUUAAAAUUCAAUAAACAUGUUACGAUUCAAAAAAUUAAAUUAAACACAA